AUGGAACUAGUUGAUUACGAAAAAUUGAAUAGGGAUCAACUACGAAAACCCGUAGGAAACAGAACAGGAAUGAGCAGUGUUGAUGUUAGAAAGAAGGGCGUGUCUGAAAUGCGUAAAAUACUUGAGAACUAUGAUAAAGAUGAAGCUAACAAGCAAUCUAGUUUCCAAAUGAGGAAUCUAUUUCCUUUCGAUAAAACUGUCUUUAGUGAUUACAAAGAAGUUGGUGAUACGUUAAGAGAUACUUUUCACAUUGGAGAUUCUAAAACUAUAGAAUCCUUUUUAGAUAAGAAAGGGCCUGAUAUUGUGAAAGACAUUUUUGAUGAAAGUGUGAAAAUAUAUGUCUCAUUACAAUGCGAAAUGAAACAAGAAGGUACAGAAAAUAAGGAUAUAGUCCAUCUAAAUACAGCUAACGAAAUAGUGAAUCCGGCGGAUGAUAGAAAAGUCUUUUAUGAAAAAUUAAAAUCAGAUUUAGUAAAUAGAUUAGAACAUUAUCAAGGUAAAGGUUCUGGUUUUAGACUAAAUAGAAUUAUUGGUUUAAGAAUGUUUCAAACUAAGAUUAAGCCAUUAUCAGGAUCAAAAUAUAUUGAAUUACCAGAUUGGUUAAAAAAUAAGAAAGCCGUAGUUAAUAUUCAGAAUAAAGAUGUAAAAUGUUUUAUGUGGUGUAUUUUAGCUCACUUAUAUCCAGUGGAUCAAAAUCCUGAACGAGUAAGUAAAUAUAAGGAUCACAUUUCUAAAAUUAAUUUCGAAGGUUUCGAAUUUCCUUUCCAAGUUAAAGAUGUAGAUAAGUUUGAGAAGAGAAAUAACUUGGCUGUUAAUAUUGUAACUCAUGAUGUCUCAGGGCCAGCAAUAAUUGAGUCAUAUAAAGUAUCUAAAAACAUCAACGUAGAUUUAAGUAGAGUGAUAAACCUUUUGCUUGUCACUGAUUGUUCUGGAGAAGGUCAUUACUGUUUGAUUAAAAAUAUAAAUAGAUUGAUGAACACCCAAAAUAGUAGAAGCAAUAAAUUUUGUAUUAGAUGUCAUAAUAACUUUUACAAUGCAGAGAAGUUUGAAAAUCAUUUAGCUGACUGUAUGAGUAAUAAUCCUAUACAAAUGAUUAAAUCCCCUAAAGACUAUAUUAAAUUUGAAGGAGUUCAGGAAACACAAAAACAUAGAUAUGUCUGCUAUGCAGAUUUUGAAUCUGUUAUCUAUAAAAUUGAUUCUGUUAACAAUUCUCCUAACAAAUCUUGGAGUGAGAAUGUUGGUAAGCAUAAGGCCUCUGCUUUCUGUGUAAUUGUUGUGGAUUCUUUCACUCAGAGUAUUUACGAAAUGAAGAGCUAUGUUGGAUAUAAUACUAUUACAAAAUUCAAUGAGUAUAUCUUAGAUGUGUGUGAGCGAUUAUUGAGUAUGCCUGAUAUGGAAAUGAAAAAUUUAACCAAUGAAGAGUGGAAAGAAUAUGACAGCUGUAAUUCAUGUCCUCAGUGUGAGAAUGUGUUUGAUGGGGAUAAAGUUAAAGAUCAUGAUCAUUGGACUGGAUUAUACAGAGGACCUCUAUGUAACUCUUGUAACUUGUUGAAACAGAAAAAUAAAUUUAUACCAGUGUUUUUCCACAAUCUUAAAGGCUAUGACUCACAUCAUAUAAUUAGUGAUGAGGAAUCAAGCAAACUAUUGAAGGAAAAAGGUGUUGAAAUUAAAAGCAUCUCAGCAAAUAUAGAAAAGUUUAUUAGUUUCAGUUAUAUAUACAAAAAUCCUAAACGAUGCGAAAUAAGAUUUUUAGAUAGUUUUGGUUUUAUGCCUUCCAGUCUAGAUUAUCUCAGCAAUAACCUACAAGAUGAAGAAUGUGUGAUUACUAAUAAGUAUUACAAGAAUGAAAAGAUGUUUAAUCUAUUAAGACGCAAAGGUGUGUAUCCAUAUGAUUUCAUGGAUUCCUUCAAUAAGUAUUCUAACACAGAACUUCCCUCAAUUGAAAGUUUCUAUAAUAACCUAUCUGGUGAGAAUAUUAGUAAAGAGAAUUAUGAAUAUGCUCUAAAUGUAUGGAAGGAAACAAAUUGUAAAACUUUAGAAGACUACACUAGAAUUUAUAUGAUUAAUGAUGUGUUACUAUUAGCUGAUGUUUUUGAAACAUUUAGAAAUGUGUCUCUCAAAGAAUAUAAGUUAGAUCCGUGUUGGUACUACACUUCUCCAGGAUUAGCUUGGGAUGCCAUGUUAAAGAAAACUGGAGUUAAGCUACAAACAAUUAAAGAUAUUGAAAUGUAUAAUUUUAUUGAAAAAGGUAUUCGAGGAGGUAUGUGUAAUACCAUGCUAAGAUAUUCGAAAGCUAAUAACAAGUACAUGUCUAAUUAUAAUCCCGAAGAGGAAUCAAAAUACUUAUUAUAUCUAGAUGCAAAUAACUUAUAUGGAUGGGCAAUGAGUCAGAAAUUACCAUAUGAUGAAUUCGAAUUCGUUGAAGACUUUACCUUAGAAAUGAUAGAUGAUCUUGUUUCAAAAGAAAAAGGUUGCAUACUAGAAGUAGAUUUAGAUUAUCCAGAAGAAUUACAUGAUAAACAUAAUGAUUUACCUUUCUGUCCAGAGAAUAAACGAGUUGGAUCUACCAAUAAACUAAUAAAUGAUUUUAGUCCAAAGAGAAAUUAUGUAAUACAUUAUAAAGCCCUUUUGCAAGUUUUAGAUCAUGGAUUAAUUUUGAAGAAAAUUCAUAGAGUUAUUACUUUUAAAGAAAGCAAUUGGUUAUCUUCUUACAUAGAACUAAAUACUAACUUGAGAAAAAAUGCCAAGAAUGAUUUUGAGAAAGACUUUUUCAAGCUCAUGAACAAUUCUGUAUUUGGCAAGACUAUGGAGAAUGUUAGAAAUAGAGUAGAUGUUAAAGUUGUCUCAGAUAUGGAUAAGGUCAUGAAACUAGCUGCUUGUAAUAAUUUCAAACAGAGACAUAUUAUAAAUGAGAAUAUGAUUUUAGUAGAGAUGGCUCAGAAGAAUAUUAAAUUAGAUAAGCCAAUUUAUGUGGGGAUGUCUAUUCUAGAUUUGAGCAAGUAUUUAAUGUAUGAGUUCCACUACGAUGUUAUGCUACCAAAAUAUUCUUCAAAUUUGAGACUGUGCUAUCAAGAUACCGAUUCAUAUAUUUAUGAUAUUAAAACUGAUGAUGUUUAUGAAGAUAUGUUAGCUAUGAAAGAACACUUUGAUUUUUCGGAUUAUCCCAAAGAAAAUAAACUUCAUAGCAUUGAGAACAAAAAAGUAAUUGGUAAGUUUAAAGAUGAGCUGAAUGGUAAGAUAAUGACUGAGAUUGUAGCCUUUAGACCAAAACAAUAUGCUUUUAAAACUGAUGAGGGAAUGGAGUCUAAAAGAAAUAAAGGUGUGAAGAAAUCUGUUGUUAAAAAGGAAAUGACUUUUAAUGACUAUAAGAACUGCUUAUUAAAUCAUACUAUCGAAAGAAGACAACAAAUGUUAUUUAAUUCGAGUAAGCAUCAAAUUCAUACUGUAAAACAGAAUAAGGUUGUGUUAAAUAAUUUAGUUGGUAAAGAUAAAGAAUCAAAAAGGUAUACAGUAGAUAAAUAG